UAACUGUUGCUGUACAAUUUAAAACAAACGAAUUAUCGAGAACAAGUAUAAUUAUGUGAAAAGUGAAACAUUGUCCGUUAUCAUGGAAGAAAUUUUUCAAAUACUUCACGAAAGUAAUUUAAAUAAUGAAGAAGAAUCGGAGGAUAUUGCUGAAAGCGGUUCCUUGCAAAAUUUAAAAAGGGAUACUGAAGAAUUGCUUGCGAAUGCAAGGUGCACUAUAGGAAGUGUUGAAUACGCAAGUUUGAACAAAAUGUUGGCCAUCUGUUAUUUAAAGAUGGGUAAUGAACUUGAAGCUAUAUGUCGAUUAAUCGAGUCGCACGCAGUCAUACUUCGUCAACAAAUAUUGCACAGGUGUGUGAAGACAAAGAUGCAAGAACUGAUUUUAAAUACAAAAAAAUUCUAUGGACUUAGGUCUUCCUACGUAGAGUUUGAUAUAAACUUGCCAAAUAGUGUUGAUAAUGUAAAAGCAAAGCUCUUUGAUUUACCCACAGAAUGGUAUGUGAUUCAAAUUACUGCUCAAUAUAAGUCUCCAGGUAUUUCUGAAAAUCGCAAAUCCAUAUUUAACGAAAUGCAAGCUGUGCAUAUUAUCGUACUACCAACAGGAACUAAAGAGACGGAACCUUUGUGUAUAACAUUACCAAAGCCAAAAUUUCAUUAUCCCUAUGACAUUUGUGAUGAAAUCCAGAAAAUACUUUCUAAUAAUAGAUCAGAACUCGAGGCUACUUAUGCAAACCAUGAAUUAUAUUGGAAAAUGCGCAAUCGGCAAAAUGAUAGCAUGAGGACAGCUAUACACGCAUUGGAAUACACGUGGUUACGAGAAUGGAGGAUCUUAUUUAUGGCAGAUCCAAUAGACAAACAUGAUUUAGUAACAGACAUUGUACAAAUGAUUGAUAAACUUAUAUCAGACAACAAAGUACAAUGGAACAUACCAAAACGAUCUGUGUGGUUACUGAAAAAAAUAGCACUUGGUGCAUGUUUUCUUACACGCGAAGAAAUAGCAUAUGCGGUAAAGUAUGUGCUUUCUGGUUAUGACAAACUUGCUGAUAAUAUUAUACUGUCCAUAUAUGGCAAAUUGUCAUGUAUACAAGAAUUAAAAGAUGCAACUAGAAAGACAUUGGUUUUAAUUGUCGACGAACAUAUGGAUUACAUACCCUUUGAAUCUAUGAAAAUCUUACAAUGUCAUCCCAUUACUCGUUUUCCAUCGCUGCACGUUGCGCACGCAUUAUUUAAGGAACACGAAAGUACCAUGAAAAAUGGCUGUAAAAUAAUUACAGUUAAAAAUGAUAUGGGCACGUGUAUUGUUAACCCAUCAGGAAAUUUAUGUAAAAUGGAAAAACGCAUCCGACUUUUUAUUGAACACUGGUUACCAAACUGGAAAAGUUCGUACGGUGUUGAACCACAAGAAAUUUUCAAAGAUACUUUAAUUAAUCGUGAUAUAUUAAUGUACAAUGGGCAUGGUAAUGGGAUACAAUAUUUACCAGGAGAACAAAUUGAAAGACUUAAGGUGAAGUCAAUUGUUUUAUUAUUUGGUUGUAGUAGUGUAAAAUUACUUGAAGUGGGAGGACGUUAUCCACCGCACGGUGUUUCAAAUCGGUAUUUAAUAGGAAGCAGUCCAUGCGUACUCGGUAUGUUAUGGGAAAUUACAGAUGUUGAUAUUGAUAAAAUGACUACAAAUUUCAUUAGUAGUUGGAUUCCAUCGCCAUUAAACAGACCAUGGGCUGAUGUCGACAUUAAUAUGUGGCUUGCGGGUAUUUUGAAAUUUCCAAAGAAUUCACAAAAGGUCGGUCUAAAUAUUCCUCUGGAACCUGAGAUGUUGAGAGCAGUGGCAAAGUCUAAAUAUGCCUGUUCUCAGUAUAUGACCGCGGCAGCAAUAGUGAUACGAGGAUUGCCAAUAAAGUUGAUUUAAAUUGUAAAUGUAAAUACGAUACAGAUGAAUGCAAAUAUUUUAUAUUAAUUUAUAUAGACUACAACUUAAUUACAAAUGCAAAAUCAGACUCUCGCGGUUUUGUUGCCUCUCAUUCAGCGUGGCUUGUGUUAGAAUCGACUGUGGUAGUAAUACUGCAUGAGCUACACUGUGGGUGGACACUAGAAACACCACAUUCCGUUCUUUAAAUUGUGGCUCAAAUGUUUUCCGAGAUAUCUGCUGCAAAAAAUCGUCAAU